GUUUAUUUCAGUCAGGUGGCAGACACCGUACGUAUUGCACGGGUAUCUCUGUGUUACAACGGAUCCUACACAGCCUUACGAACUUGCUACGAUUUUUAAACACAGUCUUUUGACCAUGUUCGCAAUAUUAUUAACAAUACAGAUUUAAUAGCAACAGUUAUCAGUAAAAAGGCGUAAAUAAAGUUUUAUUUUUACAGUGAUUCAGUGAAACAGCGUUGUGAUUCACUUCCCGCUCAAAAUGUCUCGCCACGUGCUUCUCUCACGGCUGGCAGAGCAAUUCGAAGCCUCGUCGCCUCAAGCACAGCGGUUCCCUUCUCCAGAGCGCAGCGUGUCCCCCCACUCCCCCACAUCUACGAGGACUCCCCCACACUCCCCCGACCCGCUAACUCAGCGACGCCUCGACCUACUGCAACUAGGGGAUAUUGAAAUCGCGGGAAGAGCUCUGAAGCAAUACGCGAGAGCAACAGAACUGGGAGCUCUCAUGUACUGCAGCGGUUUGGGAGCUCUGUAUGGAACUGCUGGAGUCUGGCCGUUGCUUCUCCCGCAAGCACCGCCCUUCACCCCACCCUUGGACCUCAUUAGACAAACUCCACCGAGAGAUGAUGACGAGGAAGAGUUACCAUUGAAUUUAUCCACAAAAAAUCGUCAGAUCUGGUCACCGGGCAGCGCUUGUGAGCGUGAGAAGGACAGAGAUACUGAUUCUCCAACGGGAAGAUGGGAUAGCCAGGAAGAAAAUGAUACGCCUCUUGAGUUAGUGAAGAGAUGUCGCAGUACUCCUGAUGCAGACGGUUCCUAUAACAGCGACUCCCUAAGAUCACCUUCAACACCAGCAUACCACAAUUAUCAACCACCACCCACAUCAGGAAGCGAUAUCAACUUCUCACUGAUGCUAAAAAGUGAAAGCAGACACGAGAAAUCUUUUCAGUGCAAACAGUGCGGCAAAUGUUUCAAGCGGUCAAGCACGCUGUCAACACACCUCCUGAUACACUCCGACACCAGGCCCUAUCCGUGUCAGUACUGCGGGAAACGCUUCCACCAGAAGUCUGAUAUGAAGAAACACACGUACAUACAUACGGGAGAAAAACCUCACAAAUGCGUCGUGUGUUCGAAAGCGUUCAGUCAAAGCUCUAACCUCAUCACGCACAUGCGAAAGCACACCGGCUACAAGCCUUUCUCCUGUGGCCUGUGUGAUAAGGCUUUCCAACGUAAAGUGGACCUUCGUAGACACAGAGAUUCACAGCACCCUGAGUCGAUGGAAGCGUCUACAACUCAACAGUCAUCCAACGUGAACCGGUUUAGGUACUACGAAGAUGAAAAAGCGCCCCUAGCGUCUCUGUCUUGUAACUAAUAAAUUUCAUAAAUGUAUUAGAUUGUGUAUUAGAUAUGAAAGUGAUUCAUCCCAUGCAAUCCAAUAAAUUAGCCAAAGAGGUCUUUAAAGGAAUUAAAAUCCUUAAAAGGUAUUUAUUUAUGCAUUUAUUAGUCGAAAAUUUUAGCUCAUCACUAUGAACGCUGAAAUUACAGUAGUCUAUUCGGAAUUUCUGUUGUAAAAAUUAUCUCUUUAUCGUGCCUUCAAUGAUGCCUUAAUUAUAAUAUUAUAUAGAUAUGGUUUGUAUGGUACUACCAUUACCAAUUACCUACAAACAUUGCGGUGCCUUUAGUUAUACAUUCCGUCCAAGUUAGAUAGGAUUUAAGUAUCUGUGGCUUUUAUUUUAAUAUAUGUGUAUAUACCUACAGGCUACACGAUAUUCAAAAAUAGUUGUUUAGUAGAUAAAUAUUUGUCGGGAUUUACGAUAAAGCAAUUCUUUAAAUUAGUUACAGAUGUCGCGAGUCGAAUGCAGAGUUUAGUAAUGCAAUAGUGCUGUGACCUAAGUAUCGAUAAAUUUAAACAAUGAUUUAAGAUUUUUGUAAAUCCCUUAAGAUUUGAGACAUUAGAAGCCAUUUUUCGUUAUAAACGUUCUCGACUCAUUUCUCCUUAUUACACGGCCUCAAUAUCUCUGGGCAUCGCGAAACGUAAGCCCCCUCACGUUUCCCUUUCACCCCCUCGCGCUCAUCCUCUUAUGUUAGUACGGUUUGCAGUUUCAUUACCGUUAGGUACAUGUCGUGAUGUUUUGAUGCUGUUACUACUUUGUUUUUGAAGUUAUCACUGCUACGUUUUGACUUUUGUUGUUAAUAGUUAAUUUAACCUAUGCUUUCAAUGAUUUUUCAUUAUGAAAAUAAUAAUAAUAAAAUAAUAAUCAGAAUCACAGCACAACACCUUUACAUCAAUCAAUAAUACAGAAAAAAAUAAUCGUGGUUUAUUUAUAAUAAUAUUACGAUAUUAUGAAUUAGUCACGGACUAGUAAAAAAAACCCGCGCCGUGAUAUUAGCAAGUGGAGCACCUUUAUGCUAGUGUGUUUGCGGUUACGGGGUAUACCAGUUACACAAUUUUUUCUCCCUUAAAUAAUCAUAUUUACAUAAAUACAUUAAUAUUAUUGUUUUUCCAAUUUUUUAACAACGCACGACGGCAGUUUUAAAAUAUUUUAUUGAGACGCAAACUGAUCUGUCACAGACGAUGGCAAAUCAUGGCAUAAUGGCGGCCGAUCGGCUUGUAUUAGUGUAAGUGUAUGCGUGGGGCUAUGUAUUUACAUGUUUACCGGCUUGUUUUUGUGCCUCACUGUUAUGUAAGGUGACACGGAGUCCUUAUAUUUUUACUCGUCCGUGGAAUUAGUAAUGCUUGUUUUACACACCGUAACGAAGCGACGAUGUGACGUCAUCAACGGGGUAAUAUUUUUAAACCUAAUAUUAUUUUUAAAUAAGAUUCAUUCAUAAUUUAUCUGUGUCUCUCUUGUGUGCUUCUUUUGAUUUUUUUAAGUGCUACCGUACUUCAAAUAGUGUUUAGAAAGGCUUAAUCAUUAUUGCUUAUAGGCAAUAUAUAGCAAACAGAAGCUGAUAUUUAUUACUAUUCAUAUGUUAUGGAGAAGAAAAUUGCCGAGAACGAAACCAAGAUUUCUUUGUCUUUUACACACGAUUUUUAGUUGGAGCUUCAGUUGUACUUAUCGUCUCGUACGACGAUAUAUAGUUUUAGAAUUCUUAAAACUGAGAAAUGCCUCAGCCUAUGUUACCUUUUAUCAUCGUUAAUUACCAUUCACAAGACAAUAAUUCUCGAUCAUCGUAAUAAUAAGAUAAGUUAAUCUCCCAAAAAGUACCCUAAGAUUUAUAAUUGUGUAUAUUUACUUAAUAUAUAUUUCUAAGCAACAAUAUAUGUAUUAAAUUAAUAUAGGUUAAUCGUAUUCGAGUCAAUAUCAUAAAAAUUAUUUCAAUAAUCUUUAAAACGUGAAGACUUAUUUUUUCUAAAAUUUGAAAGUCAUUUCAACAAUUUGUGAUUGAUUAAAUAAAAAUCUGCAUUCAAACGAGUCUUUGAUAAACCAAAGCAUAAAUUGUCUUGUAAGUAGUUGAGUGUUAAACGCUUUGUAGAAAUAAUUUCUUGUAAAGAUAAUUCGACUUAAUUUAUUGUGUUUUUUUUAUAUUACCAUUUAUGGAUUUAAGUAUCAAAUAGUUUAUAAGCAUUUAGAAGAUAGAUAUUCUUAUUAUCUACUUAUUUGCGUGCAUUGGUGUGGAUUGAAUACCUGCACUUUACCGUCCGACAAAGUAGCUAGAUAUUUUGUUACCCUAAAACUUAUUAAAGCUACCAUUUGUUACCAUUUAUUCGUUUAAUAAGAAAAUACUACCAGCUCAACAGUGAUUAGUGUGCGUAAGUUUUGUGAUUUGUAAUGAAAUAUGUUAACAAUAACAUAAUUCAUAAAUUAUAAUAAUUGUGAUUUAAUAUUAUGUUUGAGCAGAGUUCCAAUGAAAAGAAGAAACUUCAAAAUGUAUAAAUUUGUAAAUAUAUUAUGUAAUUUCGUGUUCAUUACAAAAUUCUACGAUAUAUCGUAAUUAUCUAUGUGUAAAUCGAAUCCUGUUUUAAAACUCCAAUAAAAUAUUCAUUCAAAGCAGUCCAUAGUUUAGUUUAACAUUGUUAGUAUAAUUUCAAUUUUAAAUAACUUUCACUUAGAUAAUUUAUACGUCUAGAUAACUGAUUAAAACAGGCCAGGUUUAUUACUUUAGUGUACGUGACAAGCUACAUCUUACAGUUAGCUAGUGUGCGUGCAUUCCUCAAAAUUUAAUUCUUUGUUUUCACACCUGUCACAGUCUAUCUAGAGCUAGACGAAUAAAUGAUUUUAGAAAAUUUCAUUAUAAAUUUUGAAUGAAGCUUUAGUGGUCAUUUAGAUUUAGCUUAUGUUGUAUUUAUGGAUAAUGUUUGCUUAAAGUGUUCUUGCAUUUACAAAAGUGCAAUGAAAAUGAACGGCUAGAACACCAAAGAGCUAUCUUCAUUUGUCUCGUGAAUUUUGAACUGACUAAGAUUACAACUUCAAAUGAAAUGUCUAUAUAGUCUCAGUUUUUUUUUUUAAUUAUUUUAUGACCACGGAUGCUAGUCCUUCAGUCGGUAUAAUCUCAGAAAAACCGAAGUCUUGUGUAGAUAGCGAAAUGAUGCAAAUCGGAUAGCUUGAUUAAAUAAUAAUAUGAAAGAGCAUGUUUCAAAUAAAAACCUCGACUUCAAACAUAUAUAUAGAAAAAGGUAACUAAAAGGAAAAAAAAAAAUCCCUAGGAAAUUUUAAAGUUGAAGUUAAACAUAAAAAAUACGACAUUAAAAUCUUAUAUUUGCCUAGUGAAUAGAGUAUUCGAAAUAUAUUGGUCUCUGUUUUAUAGUAUGUUAUUGUUUACAUGUUUGAAGUCAGUAUUUUUAUUUCAAAGUUAUUAAUUUUACACUUUUCGGUUACCCAAUAUGGCACUUGUGUUUACAUUUUUUACAUGCGAAAAUAAACAUUUGAAAGUGAAUUCAUAAUAUAUAGAUGUUCCUAUACGUGCGUCUAAUGACGAUUCUAAUAGGCCCAAACACGAAUUAAAUACAUGGUCACAUUAGUAAUUAAACGGUACUGUUAAGGAAUUUGACGCCUUACCUUCCAGCAUCAUCCCGGUCCACAAAUCACCAUAUCGUUUUGAUUGUACCUUCUUACUACUUUCAUCGUAUUCUAAAUACCGUUAAAAACUCCUUAUAUUCUUAAGGGCGUUUGAGAAUACACCUGUUUCUCACUUCCGCGUCAAUAUACCAGGUUCCUAUAUGCACCGCUCGAAUAGCUACAAUUGUUAGAAUAUUUGUGCACAUAAUGUUAUUCUUGUUCCCCUGGUCGACGCAGACUGAGUGACCAGGGACCUAGAAAUGCACGCGCUAUUAAUAUAACAUCUGAUCCUAUCUAAAAUAUUAUAGAUAUUAUGUAUAUAUUAUAUUACUUCUUAUAGUGUUCUUCGUAUUGAAAUCAUGUAUUUCAAAAGAACAUUUAUGCAAUUGUGUUUUGCGCCUGAUAAUUAAAUUUCUACCUUUUGACCCAAUCAUAAUAAAUUCGCGAAAGUUAUAUACGAGGUUGAAUGAAUAGUUAUGUACUUAAUUCACGUUUGUCGAUGUUUAAAAUAGUGUUGUAUUCCACUUCAUAUGUAUUCCACAUCUAUCGAUGACUAUUUCAAGAAAGAAACUCAAAUAUGCUUUGUUUUAUUGCAAUUUAUAUUUAUUAAUAGGUUAUCUAAUUGAAAGGAACCAGUUGUUGAAAGUGGAAUGAUGUAUUAAAUUCCAUUUCUAUUGCCUUAUUAAUUAAAUUUUUGUUGUGUUGUUUAGGUAGUAGUUGUGGAAAAACCUGUCAAAUUCAUAUGGGACUAGGAAGGGGAUGUCUAUGUUUUAUUAAGAUAAGUGUAAGCAUAAUUCAGAUGCCUUCAUAAGAAGGCCGUUUUUCAUUAUAUAAAAAAAGGUGUACCAAACCCUAACAUUGUAAUUUGAGAAUUGUGUACAAAUAAUUGUCUUUUCACAUAAUAUUGUACAAGUCAAUUAAUUUUAAGUGUAAAUGUAAACUAUUAGAACCCUUAACUUUAAAGGCCAGUUAAAAUAAAUACCUAUUUAUAAA